AUGUACCCUCCACGACGCCUCGCCUUCCUUGCGGCCGGCGGCUUCAUAUUGCUAGUCUUCUUAGCGGCAUAUCACUUCACCAGCAGCGGUAGAUCAUCACCCUCGCCAGAGACUGGCAACUUCUACAGCUUCCGACAUAACAAGCAUGAUGAGAGGCAGUUCCACCUCAUCCUGCCAGCGACAGGUCCCAACUUGGAUUUCUGCAAACUACUCCUCUCAGCGGGGAUUUUAGGCUACCCCGAACCUAUCUUCGUGGGCUGGGAUGGACGAGGCGUGUACAAUGGCACGGAGACCCACCUCUUCAAGAUUACAGAGACCUUGACGUAUCUACGAUCACUACCGACCAGCGCGGAUAAGGACAUGGUCUUGAUCUUAGACGCUUACGACAUAUGGCUUCAACUCCGCCCGGAAGUGCUCAUAUCGCGCUACUACGACGUGAUCCGCAAGAACGACGCCCGUCUCCGAGACGAGGGCAUCCUGGGGAAAGACCACGGCGGCGGCGAAGUCAAGCACAGCCUCAUCUUCGGCCCGGACAAGAUCUUCUGGCCGCAAGGACCUGGUGAUCCGGCGGUUUGGGCGGUGCCGCAGUCCUACCUUCCGCCGAAUUCUUUCGGUCCGGAGACGGAUACGAAUAUGUUGACCGUGCGACCGCGCUGGCUGAAUUCGGGGACGAUCAUGGGUCCUGCGAAGGAGAUGAGGGAGAUGUUCAGCGCCACGAUGGAUAUGCUCUCGAGACAGUAUGAUUCUGGGUGGGAGUUCCACGGUAGCGAUCAGUACUACUUCGCCGAGGUGUGGGCGGAGCAGGAGAUCAACAGGAUGAAGUUGAAGAAUGAUGGAGAAGUCGACAUGCCUGAUUACGGCGACGACGUCGAGGUUAUCGUGCCGCAGAUUCCCGAGGGGAAGAAGACGGAGUAUGGGAUCUGUCUGGAUUACGAAAUGGAUCUCUUCCAGACGGCUGCGGCGUUCGAGUUCCACGUCCUGUGGAUGAGGUUCAACGGGUCAAGUCCUGCGGAUGGAAACGCCCCUCCCAGGAUCGAUCAAUGGACAUUAAGAGAGGAUGUAGAGCGGAGCGAAGGCCCCUUCGCCGCCAGCCCCAAAGACUUCCCCGACCAAAAGCCCUGGAAAGACAUGAUGCUCGGCGCCAACUCCAUCACGCAUUCCCCCUUUGGCCUCUUCCACGUCACGGGCGACAAGACGGUCCGAGACCGCUGGUGGCCGAGGAUGUGGUUCCAUCCGCACGGCGAAGCGCUCAUGAAGGCGUCGAAGAGGAAGCAGGGUAAAAGCAAAGGGCCGGCUACGCUGGCUGAAGUGGAUGGCGUGAGAUGGCAGCAGGCGAGACCGGAUGGGAAGACGACGCCCAUGGGGCCUGGGAAGGAUGGAAAAGGUGGUGCGUGGCGGGACGAUGGGGUUUAUAUUCCUUGGAAGGAGAUGUGUGCGCCUUUUGAGGGGGAUGGGCAGGGGUUGUAUGUGAGGGAGUGGAAGGGGGAGUUGUGA